AUGUCAUUACACUGGGAUCAACUACCUUCUUGGCAACGUGACAACCAAUACAUCCUUUCAGGUUAUCGGACUGCUUCCAAUUCCUUUCACAGAUCAUUUGCGAGCCUUGCUUAUAUCCAUAAUGAGUCCGUCAACAUCUACUCCCACCUUAUCCCUGCCAUUCUCCUGUUAUUUAUUAGCUUGACGCUCCAUGCAUCACUCACAGCUAGGUAUACGAGCGUAUCAACAGCAGAUACCAUAGCUUUGGGGUGUUUUGUGCUUGGGGCUGUUCUGUGCCUGGUCAUAUCAGCAACCUUUCACACCAUUCAGAAUCAUUCCUCGCAUGUAGCACGCAUUGCAAAUCAAAUGGAUUAUAUUGGUAUUGUAUUUCUGAUAGUUGGGAGCUUUAUUCCAAGCAUAUUUUAUGGGUUUUACUGUCACCCUAUCCUACAAAAACUCUAUAUAUCUAUGAUAGCUUCCCUCGGUCUCCUUUGUACCGCAAUUUCAAUAAUUCCUCAAUUUCGACACCCCACCUGGCGAUCCUUUCGUGCGAGGAUGUUCAUCGCCCUUGGGCUAUCAGCACUCUUCCCUGUCAUUCAUGGAGUUAUGAAGUUUGGUAUUAGACAAAUGAACAAACAGAUUGGUCUUUUCUGGGUUGUUCUCCAGGGAUUGCUCUAUAUUGCAGGAGCCUGCAUAUAUGCCAUCCAAGUACCGGAACGUAUAUAUCCUGGCAUGUUCGAUAUUUGGAUAACCUCCCACCAAAUCUUUCAUUUUAUGGUGGUAUUGGCUAUAAUAUCUCACCUUUAUGGAUUGAUCAAUGCCUUUGACUACAACCAUAGUUUUAUGGCCGUACACUGCUGA